GGUUUUCAUCCCUAUCUCGGCUGUACCGUGAUGGCUUUGACAAUCUUCCAACCACUCAUGGCAGGUUUCAGACCAUCUCGUCACGCACCAAGGAGGCAAUUGUUUAACUGGUUUCACUGGAGUACUGGUACAACAGCUAGAAUAUUAGCUGUGGUGACUAUGUUCUUGGGAAUGGAUCUACCAGCACUUGACCUGCCAGACGCAUGGGACACCUAUACAAUGAUUGGCUUUGUAGCUUGGCAUGUUGGUAUUGAUGUUCUGCUGGAAAUACACAGCUACUGUCUCAUACGUAAAGUUGAAGUGAUAGAGGAUGACAGAGUACAGAUACUGCAGUCACUCACAUCUGCAGAAGCGGAGGGUCAUCUAUUUAAACAGGUUGUGUUAACCAUCUAUGUCUGCGGAAAUAUAGUAUUCCUUGUUGCCUUCCUGAUAGCAGUCAACAAAAUAUGAAAUAAGUAAUGGAGAAUUAUGUGAUGAAAUACUGCACUGUUGAAAAAUCUGAAAAAAAUUAUUUCUAUUACAACUUUUCUCUCAACAUCUCCCUGAAGAUGUAAUUGAAGAAUAAUAGCACAUGUGUCAUGCUCGGUGUUAAGGAGAUCUGGAAUUCAAAUCUAUAGAAGGAUGAGAAGGAUGCUGCAGUCCUACAAAAGCUGCCUUCUGGCAGGACUUUUAAUGGGAAUUUUUGCCUGAGUAAGGAAGCCUUUUUUUUUUUUUUUUUU